AUGAUCGACGAUAACUCUGAAGAGGAUGGCCGACGCUACUGCCAGCUUCGCUCGGGAGACGCAAGCGCAGACCCACUGCCCCGCUUUCACUACGAGCCUCUCGAACCCCGCUGCAUCCGCAUCCUCGAACUGCAGCCUGGUCAACGUUCAGACCCAUUCCUAGGCAAAUUCAUCAUCGCGAACGUUGACAGUGACUUCGCAUACGAUGCGCUGUCGUACAUGUGGGGUGAUGCGACGCAGACCGAUCGGGUCGUUGUGGAUGGCGCCACUAUACCGACGGCCUGGAAUCUGACAAGAGCAUUGGAAUAUCUGCGCGACUUCGCAGGACUGGAGCCACUGAGGAUAUGGGUUGAUGCGAUAUGCAUUAACCAGAAUAGUCUUGAGGAACGAGCCGAACAGGUCGCCAUGAUGCGGACCAUCUACCACAACGCUUCCUGUGUGCGAAUUUGGAUCAAUGAACCGUCGAUCGACGAAGAGAGUGCGGCCGUAGCAGCUCUCCAAAGCUUUAAACCCAGCCCAAAUGCAGAAUAUAGUGGCCUGGGCGAUGAGCCCAGCUUCUGGGAUCCUCUGGUUCCGAUGUUUAACAAUGGGUACUUCAAUCGUAUUUGGAUAGUAUCAGCUGACGCGGUCGCCUUUAUGCUGGUAGACAGCAAGAAGUCCGUAACGCACGACGAAUAA